AUGCGCCGCAACGCGCACUUCCGACCAGGUCGGGAGCCUCUCCAGAACCAUCUAGGCCUAGAGUUGCGCCGCAGUCAUGUUUCUGGGCCCUUGCCCUUCCUCAAUCCAACCCAGGCGCGCUUCGCGCCCACUCCCGCAACCCUGGGACAGACCCCUGAGGAGACGCCGGACCAGUCACCAGCACCUGUCGCAGCGGCUCCCAAGCAUGUCGAGCACCUCUGGCGUUCGCGUGACAACCGCAAGGGGCGACAUGCGCUCCGCGUCGAUUACUCGGUGCCGGCACAGGAGACAGGGUACACGGCCCCGCCGCCGACAUCCACCUUCAGCGCUGCGGCGCGGGGAAUCGUGCGAAUGGCGACGUGCGUGCCCUACUGGGAUGUCUCAUACCUAGUUGCGGUGACGUUCACGCUGGGAUCGGCGAUCUGGAUUAUCAACGCCUUCUUUGUGUGGCUACCGCUAGAAGACCCAAGCACCAAUUUCCCCGGCGAGUCGCUGGUGGGCGGGGGCGUGAGCGGAUUCAUCGGCGCCACGGUCUUCGAGAUCGGGAGUGUGCUACUCCUCCUGGAAGCAGUCAAUGCCAACCAAACAGGCUGCUUUGGCUGGGCACUAGAGACCGAAUUGCAAAAGACCGAGGCGAAUGCGUCGGAGUCCGCCGUGGCUGAGGUGAAGCCGAACAAGGACGAGUGCCAACACCACCACAGUAACAAGCGGAAUCUCGUAGGGGCGGGCCGGCCUCAUCUCGGGCACAGCCUAUCCCAAGUAGGUAGUGCGGGCUAUGUAACGUCCUCUCCAGACGGCAAAUCGUUUCGCUGGAUCCCGUCCUGGACUGAGCUGCGCACACACUACCUCCACGAACUCGGGUUCCUCGCCUCAUUGAUCCAGUUCUUCGCAGCGUCGAUCUUUUGGAUAGCCGGGCUCACGGGUCUGCCGGGGAUCAUCGACCAUAUGAGCCAGCGCGUCACCAAUGGCGUCUACUGGGUCCCGCAGAUCGUCGGCGGCACUGGGUUCAUUAUCAGCGGGUUAUUGUUUACACUCGAAACCCAGACCAAGUGGUAUCGACCAGCAUUUGGUGUGCUCGGCUGGCACAUUGGAGCGUGGAAUUUGAUCGGGGGCAUUGGCUUCACCCUCUGCGGAGCCCUGGGACCCGCCACCAGCGCAUCCGGGGUGGAAUAUGAGGCUGUAUUAGCUACAUUCUGGGGAUCCUGGGCCUUCAUGAUUGGAUCCACCAUCCAGUGGUAUGAGAGUUUGUCCAAAUAUCCAGUCGAGAAAGAACAUACGGGCCAGGUAGUGAUGAAAAACAAAGGGUAA